GGGAGGCGGCCGGGGAGGGGCCGGGGGGAGGCGGGCUGGCGGCGGGGAGGUCGCCCCCCGAGGCUGGAGGCGCGCCAGGGCACACGGGGUGCGCACCCAGGCGCGGCGGCUGCAGCGUGCGCAGUGAGGGCCGACCGGGCAGGGACCGGGCACGCAGCCCGCCGUGUCCCCGGGGCGGCGCGGGCGGGAUGCGCGCGGUGGGGACGCACGCAGGGACCGCGGCCUUCGCGGGGUCUGAAGUCCGCGGGCAGCGGGAGUGAGUUGUGCGUGGCUGUUUCUGGGGGAGAUUGGGCCCGGAGAGCGGGCGCCGAGGGCCGAGAUGCUCCUGCGGGACCUGGUGCUGGGCCGCGGCUGCUGCUGGCCGUCGCUGCUGCUGCACUGCGCGCUGCACCCGCUCUGGGGCCUCGUGCAGGUGACGCGUGCUGAGCCCCAGAAGUCCUGCUCCAAGGUGACCGUCAGCUGUCAGCACAUCUGCCAGUGCCGGCCCCCGCCCCCGCUGCCCCCUCCCCCACCGCCCCCGCCGCCCCCCAGGCUCCUCCUGGCUCCAGCUCCCAACUCUACCUCGUGCCCGGCGGAGGAGAGCUGGUGGUCAGGCCUGGCCAUCAUCAUUGCCGUAUGCUGUGCCUCCCUGGUCUUCCUCACUGUGCUUGUCAUCAUUUGCUACAAAGCCAUCAAAAGGAAACCGCUGAGGAAGGAGGAGAACGGCACGGGCGUUGCUGAGUACCCCAUGACGGCCUCGCAGAGCAGCAAAGGGGUGGACGUGAACAGUGCCGUGGUGUGACCCUCAGAGACACAGCCGGGGGACGCUCGUGGACACGGGAAAGCAGAUCCGAUGCCCGCGUGGGCCAGGGCGGCGUGGCCUCGGACCUUGGGAAGCAGAGACCAUCCUCCUGGGAGCCGGGAACCUGGUCACCUGGGCCAGCACCAGCGUGGGGCUGUCUCGCCGUUCCGCUCGGGCUGUGGCUGGCCAGCUGUCUCCCCGUGGCUGCCCGAAGACAGCCUGUCCAUCUGUCUGUCUGUCUGUCUGUCUGUCUGCUGCAGCGGGAAGGUACCUUCAGCCCAAAGAGGAGCAAGGCAGGGCCGAGCGCUGCAGAAAACCGCCCUUCCCCCCGCCCAGCCACCCCCCUCCGCCCCCGGCUUCUCCGGUGGCCACGCUGUCCCCCGGGACCCCUCAGCACAGCCUUGCCCCCCCUUUCAAAGGUGCUUCCCACACACCUGUCCCUCACCCCACCCAUCACGGUCUUCAUCGUCUUCCUGUCCCCACUGGCGCCAGGGGCCCUGCCCCCCACCUCCCCGCCUCUGGGGGCCGUGAGCCCAGCCUGCAAAGUGCCCACCGGGCUUCCUUGAUGCUGGGGGCUGAGUUCCGGUCUUCCUGGGGCCACCGGGAGCGAUUCGUAGAUGCCACACAAGCCCGGACUUCCUGGGGACCAGCCCCGACGUGAGCCGGGCCCUGCUCUCAUGGGCAGAGGCCUCCACGCCCACCGCAGGCGCCUUGGGCUGAGCCCCCAGCCCGCGUGGGGUCUCCCUGAGGACCAGGUUCUCCGGCCCUCUGCCUGUGCCCCCAGCGGGCAGUGUUCUUUCAGUGGCUCCCUUUACACGUCUCCAUUCAGGGGGCCCCAGAGUGCUGAGGCCUCCAGGUGGUCGGAGGGGAAAGGGGCGGGGAGGAGGGGGACCUCAGACCCACCCUCAAGUGGCCUCCUGCCCUGCAGACACGCGGCCAGGCCCCGAGGCAGCGGCCCUACGUGCCCCGGGGGAACCCUCCCGGGACCCAGCGCACAGCGGGUUUGGCCCUCUGGAUUGGGGGCCUAGCUCUGUGGUCUCGCCCUCCCCCCGCCACAGGGGAGCCCUGCAGGCGUCUCCGGGGGCACCCACAGAUGAAGAAGCGGCCCCGUGGGUGCUGGUACGGCCACUCUGCAGACCCCAGUGCCCACACGGUGACCUGGUCUCCCGGAGGGCCGAGGGGGCGCUCUGCGGUGGUCCUGACAGGGUCCAGCCCCUGGACGCAGCUGCCCAGAGCUGCCCGCUCUCCUCGCUUCAGCCCCGGUUUCUCGAGGAGAUGGCAACGUGGCUUCGGCGUAUCCCGUGGUAGAGUCCCCAGUGGCCCGCUGGUGGCCGUCACAUGCCCCUGACCUGGAGAUCCCUCUGCGGGGCCUCUCGGGAAAUGCCACGACCACGCAAGGGAGGCGGUGACCCCUGGGCCAGAGGAAGUGUCAGUGGCAGGCAGACCCACCCCGACGCGGGCCCAGCUUCCUCUCUCAACACCCCGGAGAGUGCCCGGUGACAAGCCCCCCGCCGCCCCCCCACCCCCGCCCUCAGCAUGUGCCUGCCGAGGGGAUCUGGGCAGCCAGCCCAGAGGGGAGGGGCCGGGGCAGGGCAUGGGGCCCCCCAACCUCGAAAGUUGGCCUUUUGCAGUUCGUCUGAGCUUUCCACCGGGGCCAGAAGCACCUCCGCCGAGCCCGCCCCAGCCGGUCCCUGGGGACCCAGGCAAGGUGCACCCACCCACCCGCCCGCCCGCCCAAAGCUAAGGGCACAUAAUCUCACUCCAGAUUGGGCUCGUGCUAAACGCCCCUCGGUGUAAACCAAGGGAGGAGAACCCCAAUAUUUUUUAAAGGCAUUUAUUUGGAACAGUGCCCCGGGGCCAGCACCCACCAGGCAGCCGGAAGGGUUCGGAAGCCGGGACCCCGAGAGACUGGCCUGGCGGGGAGCUCAGCCCCACGCCCACCCCUGCCCCGACAAGACCAGUUCUCAGGUGGGUGGGAGAAGCGCCAUGCCCGGCCCCCUGCUUUCUUCCCUGUCUCCUGGCUGAGCCCAGCUUUAGACCGAGGUAGGAAGUCCCGGAGCCGUGCGGGGGGUGGGCCCAUCACGCUCACAUACACGCACACGCACACACACACACACACACACACACGCACACAUGCACACACGAACACAUGCACACACACACACACGCACACAUGCACACACGAACACAUGCACACACACGCACACAUGCACACACGAACACAUGCACACACACACACAUGCACACUCGCACACAUGCACACUCGCACACACGUGCACACACAUGCACACACACGCACACAUGCACACGCACACACACACGCGUGCACACGCAUAUAUUCUAUCUAGUUCUAUCAAUUUCCAGCUCCGCCGCCACCAUCCCCGAUCUGUCCUCCCAGUCCGCACAAGGACGGUGACGCAGUCCAGGGGGACCGAGCAGGAAGGGCUGCGGUCACCCAGCCAGGCCUUCCCGGCCACCACCGCCAGCUUCCCCCAGUCUGUCUCGAUGGACAAACACCCAGGCCAGGCCACACCCGCGGGAACCGGAGGGGCGGAGGGGGCGGGCGGGCGGAGGCUCUGCUGGAGAGAGUGCCAUGUCUUUUUUAUUUUCAAUAAAAAUAGAGACUUA